GUGGUAUUAUAACUUGUACUCGCUACGGCGUUUUGUUACCGCUUAAGACUGAAAGUCUGAGAAAGUGUAGCUGAGUUAAAGCAGAUUUUCGUUUGUCGAUACCUGCUUAAAUUAAAAUAUGGUUCAUGAUGCAUGCAGUUUCCGUAGCUAAAUGUGUUGGAACAGAUUUAUGUUGGUCCAUCAAACUCAAUGUUGUUCACUGCACUAACGUACUUGUAACUUUCCGAUGUCCUUUCUUUUUUAGAAAUCGUUCAGUUAAUCGGAGCAUUCCACUCCGUAUUCAACCAUUUCGCAAAUACAUACGAAUAUUAUUUCUGUACCAUUUCUAUUACUUUCAGAAAUGCGGAAUAGUCUCAGUUACAAACUUAUUUUUCUUAAUAGUACUGAUAGAAGUGCUGCAAGUCAUAAAAGGAAUAUGUAUAUUGAAUUUUUAAGCUUAUGGUGCAUCCAGUAUCAGUGGUACAGAGACCCCUUCAAGUUAUGGAUUCAAUCAAUAUCUGUUGAUUCAUUUUUCUUAUUUGGAUGCAUUGAUUGUGGCGAAAGUGUUGAAGAUGAAUGGUUCAUUGUUUGGAUGCUUUCCGAAAUAAGCAAAUUAGAUCCUGAAGUUAUUAUUCAAGUUACUGAUGAAGACGGUGAAUUCCUUCUUAUCGAAUGUGCGAAUCAGUUACCAAGCUGGAUCAAUCCUGAGAAUGCUGAGAAUCGUGUUUGGUUUUACCGAGGAGAAUUAUGUAUUCUUUGCAAAGACAGAAAGUUAAAAAUAACAUUAAAUAAUGCACUAGAGGCUUUCAGAAAUUUCGACAAAGCUGCAUUUCUUACAUCAGAUAAUAUACAAGCUAGCAUACAGGCAAAAACAAAAAAAUAUCCAGAUUUUGUUAAGACUUCGCAUUUGGCUCACAUUACUGUUCCAUACCCGGUUGCAGCUGUUUUUACAGUUUUUGGCUCAAAGGAUAUAAUUAAUUCAUCUAUUGAUGUUCUAGCUGAUAAAAUUUCCGAACAUUCUGCUGUACAGUCAUGGUUAAAGCUGUUUAACAAUAAUUCAACCAUUUUUGCAAACCGUUGCAAGAAUAAGGGUGGUGUUCGUAAAUCGAGCUGGCCGAAAUUAGCUGAAUUAUCGAAUUCAUAUGUAACAAUCCCAAUGCGAUUCAACAGACUUCGUUACGCUCUACUGCGUUCUUUACCAACACCAAGCGGAUUUGAACAACCUCCAAAUGAUGAUCUGGCUUCCAGCCGUUUAGGUGCUGAACUUGGAUUAAAAUUGUGCAUUGGACUUGAUUUAUUGUUAAAUUUUGUGGGAAAACAUGAACAAGAUCUGGACUUUUCUCCAUAUUUCAUGGCUUCCGCUGAAUCUAAAGAAAAAUGGAAUAAAUUUAUAGAAAGACUGACUAGUAGCAGUUAUUUUCAGGGUGUUUCAGAAGAAUCGUGGUUGCAUAAUGAACUACUGCAGCAAGCGCAGUGGCACUUUCUUGAGUUUCUUCCAGAUAAGCCACCUGGACCACCAAUCUGCAGCAGUUCUGAUGAAUCCCUGUGUAAUACACAAACAACACAGAACAACUUCCAGAAACACAGUCAAUUUGUAUACUCCAUUUUAAAUUACAUGGAGAAUAAUGAAUGUUAUUCAUCUUGUGUGCAGAGAUUUUAUUCGUUUGAGGCGAACGGAAUACCUCCGGCUGAUGAUGAAUCUUGGAUGUUCGUCACUCCAGAGGAGUUAGACAAAAUGUUAUUAGAACGAAACGAAAUGAUUGAGUUGGAUCCACCAUGCUCGUCGAUUUCGUCACUUUUGAAAAGUUUCAUGAAAUCUUCGUCUUCUUUUAAAGGUGUUGAACCAAGAAAGAAACGUCAUGGAAUCAAGCGGAAAUCUGAAUCAAAAGAUAUCUCCAAUAUUGUACAUGCUUCAAGCAGCGAAGAGAUCACUACGGAUGAUGAAAAUGUUAUUGAAGAGGAUGUUGAAAAUGGUUACUCUGAAAAUUCUCAUUCUAUUGUCGGUAAGACUCGUGAAUCUAUGAAUAUGGGCGAUAUUAUGAGGUCGUUACUUGAAACUAAUGAUAAAAUUUUGUCAAAUAAUAAUAAGGGUUCAAUGAAACUCGCAAAGGCGCAAAAUAUCAAGUCAUGUAAUGCACAGAGUUUAUCCUUGAUUAACUCAUCACAACAGAAAACAUGUGAUGUUCUCACAAGUGAUAGUGAUGAAAAUGAUUUAAUUCACCUUUAUGGUCCUCAUUCUGAAUAUUCAACCUAUUUCAAAGACUGUACAUCUUUCAGUUCGACUGAUAGUGAGAACGUCAUGGAUAGGUCAAAACACCAGAGUAAAGAAGUUAAAUCUAAAUCUAUAAUUCAUUGUCAUCGAACAAUAUCUACAACUAGCAACCAAUCACAUUCUUCGUGUCUGUCAUCAGAUAAUGAAAAACCCCAUGAUUCAAUUUAUACUUCAUCUAAAGUUAAGAAAUCAUUUUCUAUGAAAAAAUAUCUAUCACAAUUAGAAGACGAAUUAAAAAAUGAACCAGUUAAUGUUGGUCGUUUCAUUCCAUCUAUCCAUAAAUCAUCAAUUCACGGUAAAUCGUCUAAACACAAAGCUAAAUUGUUAUUUAAUGCAAAAAAACCACGCGGAAAUAUUCCACUUGCCGAACCAGAGGAUAUAAAUAUUUGUCAAGAUAUUGUUGACCAAGAAUCUGAUUAUUCUUUUGAGUCAGAAGAAUCAUCUUCAUCAUCAAACAGUAUUGUAGAAACAUCUGAUUCUGAAUUAGAUCAAUAUGUCGCUCGUAAUUUGGCUGUUUCUAUGAAAGAUCAAUCGAAUCAUAUCCACUUGCAACCUACCGGUCCUGCUGCUAAUUUAUUAUCAUCAAUGGGUUUGCCUAUACACCAAAUUUUCAAUUCGAAGCAAAAUACUAGUAGAAACCAUUCUGAAUAAGUGACUCGUAUAGAUACAAAUUUUUUAGUUAAAUUUAUGGUUAUUCACAUUGUUAAGUUGUAUUGGUAUUCACUUGUAAAUAAAAACUAGUUUCUAUAUAUAUAAGUGUAUAUUCAGUGGUUUUGGAAUAUAGCUUCCUACACAUCUUAGUUUUUUCUCUUGGAUGUUGAGGUAGUUAAGCCCUCAGGAAGUGCGGACUAGCCCCUGGGUCGGAUUAAUAGGUUCAACAGGGGACCUUCAGGGUCACCACUUACCUAUACGGUAACUUCCCAGGCGACGUCUCUGAAUGUGGAUGUGAAUGACACGAGAUUGGAUACUCUAGGGAGCGCCAAUUCCCUUAAGAUUACCAGUACACCUUGCUUAUUGGUACCAAAUGGCAUUAAACCUAAGUCCAGGGUUUCCCAUUGGUUUCCUCCAGUCAAUGACUUACAGGACGACCAUAUGCAGUUUUGUUUGUUUAUUGAUAAAAUCUUUUCUGGAUUUCUAUUAGGGUAACAAAAAAUAGUGGUUAAGUAUUUUUCGGCACAGGUAAGUGAUUUCUCUUAUUUUCUACCAGUCAAUCGUAAAACCAAAAAUGUAACAAUAACCUCAUUAAAAACUAACUCGAUAUGAAAUCAUGAUAAACUAUGUCAUUUUUCUGCAUUGUAUGAGCAGAUUUUCGAACAUUAAUCAUUUGUUUCCCAAUUAAACAUGAUAAAAUUAUAGUAAGUACAGGGUUGUGGAGAUUGUUGAGUUCC